UCACCCAUACAAACUACAAACCCCAUUUAUUCCCUUAUUUCUAUACAACCAAAAUCAUCACAACCGGCGACCUUCAGUGAAGUAGUGAACCAGAAGCACGGAGAUGGAGACUGAAACGGCGAUACGAAGAGUUGAGAUGAUCGCUGCUCACUUCUCUGCCGCCGAUAAUAUCUCUUCCACCGGAGUUGCAACUCAUGUCUUCCCUCUGAAUUGCAGCAGUGGAUUAACCUCUAUCAACAGGAGAUUAGAUAAUCGCAUGAAUUUUGCCAGACAAGAUUCAAGGUCCCAAGCUAAUUACAUGAGGCAGGCUUCAAAACAACAGGGGAACUCUGAACUUGUGCCACCCAUGUUUUCUCAGCCAUCUAGUAUUAAUUCCAAUGUCCCUAAAGUUCGAGAAAUUCAAUAUGUUGAUGAAGAUUACAUGCUACCUUCUUCUCAACCACCUAAAUUUGCAAGAACAACAGUGGAAAGUGAUUUGCCAAUGAAAUUCAUCCCAUAUAACAGCACACAUGCUACUAAAAGUCUCGGAGUUGAGAGAAAACAAUCUCCAAGGAUGGAUGUGGCAGAAUCUGGAGGCAAAUAUGUUCUGGUGAUAGAACUGCCAGGUGUCGGUAUAGAUGAUAUAAGAGUUGAAGUUAAUAAUACAACUCUGACUGUACAAACAACCAAGAGGAAGACCAUUGCGUGUUCAAGUGAUCGUAAAAAGUCAGCGUUUCACAAAAGGGAGAUUCUAGAAGGACCCUUUGAAAUCAUGUGGCCACUACCCUUUGAUGUGAACCCAGAUUCCGUUUCAGCUGAGUUUUUGAACGGACUGUUACGUAUUACCAUUCAUAAACUUCGAGUCCCAGUUUGGUGAUGCAGCUUCAUGGGUAAUUCGUAUAUAUAUACUUGUAUAUUGUAGUAUAAAUAUGAAGUUAUAUAUGGUAUAAUUCAUAUAUAUGUAUAUACAUACCGACCAUGUAAAAAAUAAAUACUUAAGUGAUAAUACUUUGUAAUAAGAUUUAUUAAAAAAGUUAUACCUUUUUAGCA